GCUAGACAGAUGUCACCGCUGUCGCACUGAACUCGUAUCGGCUUGAGUUGGCUUUAAUAAUCUCCGACGAACAAUGGCGUUGAUCUUCGGUAACCUCAAGAACCUUGCGAGGUUUGGAACUGCUCUGCAGCGUCCUGGAGCAAUAUCAUCGCUGAUUAACGCUAGAAAUCAAACGACCCAACCUUCAAAUACGCAGGAAACGCACCCUACGAUUCGAAAGCCUUUGGAAUUGCAACGACAGCAUCUGCAAGACUUUGGCCGAUAUGUUGCAGAAUGUAUGCCGAAAUACGUGCAGAAGGUCCAAAUCACGCAAGGGGACGAACUGGAAGUGAUGAUUGCACCUGAAGGCGUCUUACCCAUGUUGCAUUUCCUGAAGGACCAUCACAACGCACAGUUCACGAACAUCGUUGACAUCGCAGGAGUGGAUGUGCCAUCCCGAAAGAACAGGUUCGAAGUCGUUUACAGCCUGCUUUCCAUCCACUUCAACUCAAGGAUUCGAGUCAAGACCUACACGGACGAGGUGACAACGCUCGAUUCAGCCACGGAAGUUUUCAAAGGCGCCAACUGGUACGAGCGUGAGAUAUGGGACAUGUUCGGGGUCUUCUUUGCUAACCAUCCAGACCUCCGAAGGAUCCUCACAGAUUACGGGUUCGAAGGACACCCAUUCCGCAAAGACUUUCCCCUCAGCGGUUACGUCGAAGUCAGGUACGACGACGAAGUGAAGCGUGUGGUCGUCGAGCCCCUGGAAUUGGCCCAGGAGUUCCGCAAGUUCGACCUGGCAACGCCGUGGGAAACAUUCCCGAACUUCAGGGCGACAGAAGGCACAGAGGAACUUGCACUUCCCAGUGGGCAGGAAAAGCCGAAAGAAGAGAAAAAGUAGAAGGCAACAGUUUUUGUAACUUAUAGGUUUGGGCUAGAAUAAAUGUUCGGCGUGUAUAAACAUA